CCGGCCUCCGAGCGCUGUCAUGGCGGCGGCCAGCGCUGUGAAGCUUGUGAGGAGACGGAAUGCUCGGCUUUUUGGCCGCGCGACAACUGGGUUUAGAAGACCCAGUUCGCCUCCGGAGAGCGGAGUCUACUCGGAGAGUUUUGGGACUGGAGUUAAACAAAGACAGAGAUGUUGAAAGAAUCCAUGGCAGUGGAGUUAACACACUCGACAUUGAACGUGUUGAAGGGCGAUACAUGUUGUCAGGAGGUUCCGAUGGAGUGAUUGUACUUUAUGACCUUGAGAACUCCAGCAGGCAGCCUUACUAUACAUGCAAAGCAGUGUGUUCCAUUGGCAGAAGCCAUCCCGACGUUCACAAGUACAGUGUGGAGACUGUACAGUGGUACCCUCAUGACACCGGCAUGUUCACAUCAAGUUCAUUUGACAAAACUCUCAAAGUAUGGGAUACAAAUACAUUACAAACUGCAGAUGUAUUUAAUUUUGAGGAAACAGUUUAUAGCCAUCACAUGUCUCCAGUCGCCACCAGGCAUUGCUUGGUAGCAGUUGGUACAAGAGGACCAAAAGUACAACUUUGUGACUUAAAGUCAGGAUCCUGUUCUCACAUUCUACAGGGUCACAGACAGGAAAUACUGGCAGUUUCCUGGUCACCGCGUUAUGACUAUAUCUUAGCAACAGCAAGUGCUGACAGCAGAGUAAAAUUAUGGGAUGUAAGGAGAGCAUCAGGAUGUUUGAUUACUCUUGAUCAACAUAACGGGGAAAAAUCACAAGCUGUUGAAUCAGCAAACACUGCUCAUAAUGGGAAAGUUAACGGCUUGUGUUUUACAAGCGAUGGACUUCACCUCCUCACUGUUGGAACAGAUAAUCGAAUGAGGCUGUGGAAUAGUUCCAAUGGAGAAAACACACUGGUGAACUAUGGAAAAGUUUGUAAUGACAGUAGAAAAGGAUUGAAAUUCACUGUCUCCUGUGGCUGCAGCUCAGAAUUUGUUUUUGUACCAUAUGGUAGCACUAUUGCUGUUUAUGCGAUUUACUCAGGAGAACAGAUAACUAUGCUUAAGGGACAUUAUAAAAACGUUGACUGCUGUGUAUUUCAGUCUAAUUUCCAGGAACUUUAUAGUGGCAGCAGAGACUGCAAUAUCCUGGCUUGGGUGCCAUCUUCAUGGGAACCAGUUCCUGAUGAUAAUGAGACUACAACCAAGACACAGUUAAAUCCAGCAUUUGAAGAUGCAUGGAGCAGCAGUGACGAUGAGGGGUAGCACUUCUGUGUCUCUGUUGAAGAAACUCAUUAAAUGCAACUAUUUGUGUGUGUGUGUUUUGUUUUUGGGCUUUUUGUUUUGUUUUGUUUUUUCCACCAUUUGGUCUAUAUCUUAUAACUAAAUUAAUCCUCAAAUUGAGUGAUUUGUUUUCCCCCAGAUUCAAAAUAAGGUUACUAUUGGCCUGAAAUCCUGAAGCGAUUCUGUAGCAUGCCUCCUUGGUCACGGUAGCUGUGGCCUGGAUCAGCUCCUAGGGUUCCAGUGUGCCUGAGCUGACACCUUGAGCAAGUGUUACGAAUGGUAAAAGGAGACAAACAGCUGGAGGUUACGAGCGUUGACUACACUCUCAAGGAUGAGUUCACCAAGUAUAAUCACAUUAAAAACAAUCGUGAUUAU